UCAUAAAUGUGUAUCCUGUAAAUACAUCUUUCAUUGAAUUUUAAAAGUGUUGACGAUCAUGAUUUUCUUCCUUAAGGAUUUUCAUGUUAAAAUUGUUUGAUAUUCUUUUUCGAAUUCCGGGCUCAUUAACACCUGAAAUACACACGUGAAAGACCUUUCAAAAAGAGAAUAAAAUCAUGACACAGGAAUUUUGAGCUUAAAUAAUAACAAAAGAUUUUCAUUAAAUAAAGUUCACUUUAAAAAAAUAAAUAAAGUUCUCACCUUCCCUUUCGUCUACUUGUCGGAGCUCUCGGUUGGUUAUCUCUUGUUUCAUCUAAGGAAAUUUCUCUGAACUCAAAAUGGCAAUGAUAUGUUGUAAGAGACUUAAAGUUGAAGGGGACAAACUUGAUAGACUUACCGAUCUUCCCAUCAAUGUGCAACACGAGAUUCAAGGGUGCUUGUCUAUUGAGGAAGCUGCAAGAAUGAGCUCUUUAUCUGGAAUGUGGAAACAUGUUUGGGCUUCAAUCCCCAAGCUUGUAUUUUCUCCCCAGUUUUGCCAGAGCAAGCCAUCAGAUACAUUAAUAGACGUCAUUAGUACAAUUCUCUUGCAGCACCAUGGAGCCAUUAAGACAUUCCACCUGAAUAUUUCAUCAAUACCUUCUUCCCAGCACUCAGUUAUCGAUCAAUGGAUGUUUUGUUGUCAAGAAAUGGUGUCAUGGAUCUCACCCUUCAGAAUCUACGCAAUGCUCCUUAUAAAUUGCCUUCCCAUGUGUACAGUGUCAAACUAGAAAGGUUGAGCCUGUCCAACUGCAUUUUCAGGCCGCCAUGCAGCUUUGGGGGUUUCCACAAGCUCAAAAAGCUUUCACUACUCAAAGUCGCCUUGGAAGACGUUGCAACCUAUUUCUUGUGGAUGCCAAACCUUAUGUAUCUGCAGGUUAGGGGUUGUAGUGGUUUUCCUAAUUAGAAAAUAUAUGCUCCAAAACUUUUGCAAAUAUUUUUCCUUAUCUGGCGCACCAAACCCAUUGAGUUGGGUCAUUUCAUGGACUGUCAGAAGCUGAAAACAGUUAUACUUUCAUCAUCAAGAAACAAUCAAGAUAAAGUGAUAAACUUGACCCAUCUUCUCAACUGCUGGCCUGAAGUUCGUCAUUUUAAUCUGGACAGUUACUACCUCAAGUCUUUUGCUACUGAAGUAGAGAGGCUCCCCACAUGCCUCAACAGCUUGAGGGCUCUCACUUUAUUUGAGUUCGAUUUUGAUGAUGAAGGUCAAAUAUUUUCUCUUCUAGGAAUGCUUAAAAUUUCUCCCAAUUUGGAGGACCUUCUAUUUCUGUUGAGCUCGAAGAAGAAAGGUGGCGUGGAAGUCAAUGUAAAUCAUUUUGAAGGACCAGCCUGCAGGACACUAGGACUCAACAAGCUUCAACAAUUGACAAUAGAUAACUUCCAUGGUUCAAGAACCGAAAUGCUCUUUGUAAGGUCUAUACUUUCCUCUGCAUCUUUACUCCUGAAGACCAUCCUUAAUGAAGAUGCAGACCGUGUUCAUGAAAGCCAAUGCUUGAAGAUCUCAAAGGAGUUGAUGGGGUUUCCUCGGGUAUCUCAUAAAUUGGAAAUAAUAUGUGAACCAUCAAAAGUAGACAGGGAUGUGCUUUAUUGAGAUGCCCGGACUCCUUUCUCAUCAUCUUGACUCCUGUCUGUAUAAAUGACUAGUGUAGAGGACUUCCUUAAAAAAUGACUAGUAUAGAGGAUCCUGUAUUAUAUCAGAACAAAUCUUUGAUGUUGCCCAAACUCUCCGAAAGUGUAUGAACAAAUCUUUUGACUACUUCUGUUACCAAGUGAGAACUCUCAUUUGCAGUACCAUCCCUGCUAUUUGGUACUAAAAGAUUCAUUAAUCUUCUAUAGUUUUUUACGUAAGAAAGCCUUUGUGAAAUUAAUUCAGAGUUUAUUUGAUCAAAUAAGAAAGCCUCUAAAUUACCGGUGCGA